UUUUAAUGUGUCGUCUGCUAGUUGUGUAAUUUGUCAACAACAUUGAGGACACGGCUACUUCGUGUUACCUCUCAAAGAACGAGAAGCUAUCUGGCCAGAUACAUACCACUUGUUCGUAACUCAAGUGGUAUAACCAUGGCAAAAAGUUUAGAAUCACCGACAAAAUUGACGGAAUUUGCACCUCUUGCCCCUCCGGAAUCACAGCAAUCCGUCGGUAUCCGGUCAACAUUUGCUCGUUGGUUUGGGAUCAACAACAAAAAUCCACCCACUGCCAUAAAAGAAGUAGUUGUCAGUGAAGCUCCUUGUCUCCCAUCUCGAUCUUCUAGUCGCGACGAUAUCUCUCAGUCUGGAGAGUCCACAGUUUCCUCUAAUCCCACUUAUGUAGGGGAAGGAGGCCUUCCAAUACAGUACUGUGAAGGAAGAACACUAGUCAGUGUGCUUACUAGAGUAUCCAAUCUUUUGGCUCAGAAAGGAAUGUAUAGUGAAGCUGAAUUCAAACAAUAUUGGAUGCCAGAUUCUGUCAGCAAGGAAUGCUAUGAAUGUAGCUACAAAUUUACAGCUCUUAGAAGACGUCAUCACUGCAGAAUCUGUGGACAGAUAUUCUGUUCUAGAUGUUGCCAUCAACAGGUUCCAGGCAAGCUGAUGGGCUAUUCUGGAGAUCUAAGAGCUUGCACCUAUUGCUGUCAUAUUGUUCUGUCCUGUCUGAAAUCGAUCGACCCUUCCACUGAUGGCUCGACCGACCUAUCCAAAAUCCAAGAAGAUCUCCAGAAAAAGCUAGCCCUUUUGCAACCUAAUAGCGCAACGAGAAAUACUGAAGGACUUGAUAGUGGUGGUGAACAGAAAAGUCGCAAAACGGUUUUAAAACGCAAAAUUUCUCUCAGUUUUCAGGAAGAACGCUUCGCUGCUGGGACAUCGUCAAAUCAACCUCUGUUGUCUUUAGCUGAGAGAAAAGUUCUUCUUCACGAUUCCACUCAACUCAAGACGCUUCACGAGGAAAUCGUCCAUUCUCAACGUGGAAUUUUAUUGCAAAAUCAUCGCUAUAAACUACGAAGCAUCACAAACUGUUGUGCAGGCAGCGAAGUAGUCGACUGGUUGUUGGUUCAGGAUAAGGCUAGCUCGAGAAUUCAAGCGACAGCCAUUGGACAGGCUCUCGUUGACGCAGGCUUCCUGGAAUGCCUAUCCUCGACGGAUCAGAUUUUUACUGAUGGCUAUUCUCUCUACCGACCGAAAAGCAGCGAUAUAACGUCUUCGAUAAAUGACUCCCUCGCAUCGGCCAACCAAAGUGAGGUUACUGAGGUCUUUGAGCCAGAGGAUACACAAGAACCGCUUUGGGUACGACAAAUUGGUAUGCAAGAAGAUCGGAAAUCUCACAUUCAAGUUAAUGAAGGAGAACAAUCAUCAUUUCGUCAGCCUGCCCCAGCACGUCUGGUUACGCCAGAUACAGACAUGAUAGAUGGUUUGGGUCGGCAAAAUGAGCCGCAACUUCUUCUUUUGCCGCCUAAAAAGAGUGAAGAACUGUCCCUUCCUACCGAUCUUAACAGCCCGAACCCAACGAUUGUGAGUUCACCAACUAUGCCCCAAGCGGAGGCAUUCGCUCUUCCAUUACCACCCAUUACCCAAGAAUCACUUCUCUUCUUCGAACAUAUUCAACGACUCAUGAAGCAAUUGCUCAGUUGGCAGGGCCUUUCUUUCUCGUGGGCUGACGUUCUGAUGCCUCUGGUUCAAAAUCUUGCACACACCGUCCGACCAGACGUACGGGACGAUGAUGACGAGAUGGACAUCAGACAGUAUAUACAUAUCAAGAAGAUUCCUGGUGGAACCAAAAGUGACUCAAAGAUCGUUCACGGUGUGGUUUGCUCAAAGAAUGUGGCAAAUCGAUCAAUGCCCAGAUGGUCACACGAUCCCAAUAUUUUACUUCUCAGCUCAGCCAUAGACUACCAACGGGUCGAGAGUAAAUUGAUUUCCUUGGAGCCACUCAUGAUGCAGGAGAACGAAUAUUUGAAGAAUGCAGUAGCAAAGAUUGCUGCGUUUAAACCGGAGGUGUUGCUGGUCGAAAAAGUGGUGUCUGGUUUGGCACAGGAAUUUCUCUACAACUUGGGCAUCACUCUAGUGCUAAACGUCAAGUCUUCGGUGAUGGACCGCGUCUCGAGAUGCUGCCAGGCGGACAUUGUACCAUCCAUCGAUGCUCACCAGCUCAGUCGUCCGAAGUUGGGAUCGUGUCGAUUAUUCCACGUUGAAACGCUUACGCUAGACCGAAAUAAUUCGACAAAGACACUCAUGUUCUUCGACGGUUGCCAACCGAGGUUGGGUGCCACCGUAUUGCUGCGUGGUGCCAGCCACUUCGAAUUGCGCAAGGUAAAAAAAGUGUUGAAGUUUAUGGCUUUCGCAUGCUACAAUGGACGACUGGAACGCGCUUUUUUGGCCGAUGAAUUUGCCAUUCCGAAAAUGCUUGGAUGUAGAACAGAAAUGUUUGAUGGAGUCGAACUGGUACCUAAUACGGAAGAUGCACCGUUUUUGAAUAGUACACGUCUCGACGACAACUUGACGUUCGAGAGUAGCAGUCUGGUCAUUGUUGAUAGUGAUUCGAUAACGAGCCCUGAGACUAAUGCCAAUACAUCGUCGGCGUGUGUACCGAUGGAAAGGGCGGUCCCAGACGAUACGAACGCGACAGAUUUGAAACCUGUCCGGGAAUUGGAUGACCCCCUCCAUGAGUAUUUACGCAUUCGGCAGGGUGAUCAGUCUCUUAGUUCAACACCUGUUCAACAGCCACAGCAAUCACUGAGCGUACACAGUUCAACGCUAGCAACCAAUUCGAUGCUCUUCCGCAAAGCCAUGGAAGAUACCAUUCUUUCGAUUUCGCCACUCAUCCGCCAUCCGUUGCCUUAUCUUGAAACCGAAGCCGGGCGUAACGCUCCUUUGAGGAAAUUUUUACCUGAGGUCCUGUACUUUUCACAACAACUCAAGCAAUCAGAGUCACCACCACGCAAGAUCCGUUACGGUCAGGAUGAUGUCAUGAAUGGCGACAGCACUUGUGCUGACCCUGCACCCGAGCGGAAUUCAAUCCAUCCUUUCUUGCGAGCUCGAAUCACACCUGUAAUGUCGCGAACUGAACUUCUUGGUUUGCUGAGUGACUUCCGUGCCCGAGGAGUUCGUCCCGGUUGCAAGUUACCCGAACAAGUGACCAAGUCGAAGCUUUCCAUGUCCGGCAGCGAUGACUGGGAGAAUCUUGCCACCGAAGAGGACAAUCAAGCGGAUGGAGGGGGGCUUAAAGAUUGCCUGGAUCCUUUUAAUCUUCAAAGACUUUGCGCAUUAUUCUCGAGCUUUUGCCAGCCCGUUUCAACCGUCGCACCCCAGUAUUGCGUUGCUCCUUGGGUGGUAGAGAUGGACUUCUAUGGACGAAACGACAUCACUUUAGGAGGAUUUCUGGAGCGUUACUGUUUCCAUAAGAACUAUUCCUGCCCGUCGGCCUCGUGUCAAUCUCCGAUGGCAUCUCACAUCCGGCGGUUCGUCCACGACACUUCCUCCAUUGUGGUCAUUAUUCGACAGCUGGCCAACUCAGUCAAUUACAAUGCUGCUGCCUCUGGCGCUGCUGUCGCUGACGAUCGUUCUAUCCUCAUGUGGUCCUGGUGCAAAAAAUGCAAACAGGUUUCUCCUAUUUCCACAAUGUCUACAGAGACAUGGCACUUUAGCUUUGCCAAGUAUUUGGAGUUACGGUUCUACGGCCACGCUUACUGCCGCCGCCAGCUGACCAGCUCUAAUUCAGUUCCAGUUUGCGCGUGUCCGCAUCCGUUGCAUACGGAGCACUUCCAUUACUUUGGUUGUCGAGAUCUUGUCGCCUCGUUCAAGUACGCGCCAAUCGUUCUCAAGGAAGUCGUUCUCGCCCAGCCUGCUAUCGCCAUUUCACUUGAGAGCGAUCUCUUGCCUCAACUUAUCGAAGAGAUCCGAUUAGUUGCCCAGUUUGGCCACGGCCUCUAUUCCGCUAUAGGCGAAUGGCUGAAAGCACUUACGGCAGAAUGUACGGGCACAAAGCUGGAAAGCCAGGUUGUCGCUAUGGUGGAACAGCAGAUUCAAGAAAGAUCCCGCUUCCGCAAACGUGUGGAAGAAAUCCAGUUGAUGCUGACUUCACCUAACCUUCAGCAGGUUAGUUCGCCCGGCAGUGGUGAGGAAUCUCUGUGGCUGAUAGCCGAUCACGAAGUCUUGCUCAAGCGUAUUAUUGCCGAUACGGUAUGUUCGUGGAACGCCCGUCUCCAGGAAGUUGUCGCUGCCAAGAAAAAAGAAGACAAAUCGUCUGCUUCGAAGCCCCUACAUAGAAAUUUACAGUCUUCGGAGAGCGACCCCGUUGAGGCUAAACCCCUUCCACCAGCGCCGCCCAUAUUUACGAUUUCACCCAAUUCUUCACGCGAUGACUCAGCCACCGAUAUGAGCCGUAAGAUGAGUGAACACAGCAUGUCUCCUUCGUCUCUGUCGAGCUCACCAACCAAGAGUCCCUUCCUACGUCCUAGAAGCAGCGUUGAUUUCCAGUUUAUUGUCGAACAACAAUCGGAAACAGGAACACCUAUGGACCACCGCAGCCGUUCCAUAUCGCAAGUCAGCAAUGACCACUUGGAAAAUAGUGAAUCUAAAUCAGCAACAGCUUUACCUGUGACUCCGCUGCAAACUCGAGUGUCAUUAGGAGCGCUUCUUUCGAUGACUGGACCCGGUCCAUCGUUGUUGACGAUGCCGUUCCCUUCAACCGAACAUCAUCUGCUACCUCCAGGCUCCUCACUUCCUCUUGUCGUCUACCAGAACGAGCCUUCAUCGAUCAUUGCGUAUGCGUUAGCCUCAGUUGAUUAUGAACAACAGCUGGCUGAGUUGCAAGCAGAUCUAGCAGAUCAGGCAGGCCCAUCGUCGCCAAAUCGCACUUCAUCUCCAAUCGGACCGGAUCGAUGGUUUGAUAACAUCGAACGGGAAGAACCAGGUGGUCGAAGUUAUGGAUCAUCUUCGACUUCCGGAAUUGCACAGGCUCCGCCUGCCGGAGCCCUUGCUUCUAAUCAUCAUUUAGAGAUCCAGUUCAGUGAUUCUUGUACCAAAUUUUACUGCCGCGUUUACUAUGCAGAACAGUUCCGUGCUUUGCGUUCCAAAGUCUUUCCUGCCGGAGAGGACCGCUUUAUCCGCUCUUUGGCUCGAUGCGCACCUUGGGCAGCAUCCGGUGGCAAGUCCGGCUCUACCUUUUGCAAAACGCUAGAUGACCGUUUCGUAUUGAAACAAAUGUCGAAAAUGGAAAUCCAAUCCUUCGUCGAUUUGGUACCUAAUUAUAUUAGUUAUACUCAUCGCGCUCAAAGAGAGAAUCGUCCCACAGCCUUUUGCAAGAUCGUCGGUGCUUUCCGCAUCGUUUUCAAGAACGCUCAAACAAACGUGGCUAGUAAACAAGAUCUUCUAGUGAUGGAAAACUUGUUUUACAAAAAGAACGUCACCCGCAAAUUUGACCUUAAGGGCUCGGAAAGAAAUCGCCUUGUAUCAGCUUCGGAAGCAGAGAUGAGUGAUUGCGUUCUCCUUGACGAGAACUUUGUGCAAAUGACUUGGGACAACCCACUUUACGUUCGUGGUUACUCUCAAAGCGUGCUCAACAAAGCCCUCAGUGCAGACACGCAGUUUCUAGCCUCUCAGCUGGUGAUGGACUACUCUCUUUUGGUUGGCAUCGAUGACGAAAACAAUCAACUUAUCGUCGGUCUUAUAGAUUACAUUCGUACAUUCACGUGGGACAAACGGCUUGAAACUUUUGUCAAAUCGUCUGGCAUAUUGGGAGGUCAAGGCAAGAUGCCCACUGUCGUAUCCCCGGAGCUGUACCGUACACGUUUUUGCGAAGCCAUGAACCGAUACUUCACUUCCGUGCCUAGUUUUUGGGACGGAGGAAUGUGACAUUUGGACCAACGCAAAAACCAAUCAGGCAAAUCCACUUUCCACUGACUUCAUCAACGGAUUUUGUAAUAAUCUGUACAGUAGUUUACAAACGCAACUCUGAAUCUAUUACAGUAUAUCAAGGUCUUAUCGAAAUUAGCCGUAUAUCGUUAAAUUCGUUUUUUCCCCGAUGUUAAAUAUGUUAAUCCAACAUGGUUUAAUAACUAAUUCGAUAAGGCAUCAAAUACUACUUAAUUGUUAUGUUACAAAAUAUGUUAAAAUGUCAAGUUUAUAUUGACGCUGUAGUCGACAUCACGAUAAUAAAUUGAUGCAGCAUUUGUGUUGUGAUAAUCGCAAUUGGCUAAAAACAGCUCUAGCUAACCUUUCUGCUUCAAGUUUGUUUCGCAUUUUUAAAAUGUCAAUAUACAAUACUCAUUCCAUCUCUUAA